AUGGCCACGGGUGCUGACCCCCAUCUGCAUUACUCCAGAGAUGGUGGGUGGCAUCGAUACGAUACACUUACUGUCACUGCACUGGGCCCCGCGUAUGAAUCAAACAUUCGGAAAAACUAUCGAAUUCUGAAUGUGCAUCCUUCAGACCUCUCAGAACAAGAGAAAGAUGAAUUAUUUCAUGAAGUUGUGUGCUAUGAUAUUGAUGAAUCAAAAGAUCUAGGCAAAGAUAGCCUGAAGAUAUUUUUUAAACUAGCUCAAGAAAUUUUGAAGUUUAAAGGAGAACAGGUCGAAUCCUUGAUCAGUGAAAUAGACAAGUUAGCAGCUCGCCAAGGAGAAGAUGAGGUCCGUCAUCAAUCUUUGCUCAGUGAAAUCGAGACGCUCCAAAUUCGACUCUUGGCGACUCAGAAAUAUGACUCGCUGUCUGGUGGAAGUGUAGAUGAGUUAAAACAGGAACUGUUGAAAGCUGAACUGAAAAAUGAACAGUUAAUAUCUGAACUCCAAACACGAGAAAGGGAUUUAUUACAUGAAAAGCAAGAGGUUGAAAAGUUUGCUAACCAAGUGAUGGUGCUGGAGAAGGAGAGAGGAGAACUCCGUAGUGAGCUUGCGGCUCUACAGAGAGAAACUGUUGAGCUUCAGGAGGCUCGGCUACAAGCUGACAGUCCGAAAAUGUCUUCUGGCAAAUAUCAGAACCUCGUGGAGACCAUCCGACACAAGAACAAACACAUUACUCAGUUGUUGAGCGACAUUGAAACAUUGGAGAAAGAAAAUAACCUACUCAAACUGAAGCUUGCUGGUUUACAAAGAGAAGUUGCAGAAAACAGUGAACAGACAACCCUGCUGUCAGAAGGAAACACAAAUUUAAAACUAGUGUUGAAAGAAUUGCAAGAACGAUGUGUUACGUUGGAAGAUCAGAAUGAAGCUCUGAAGACACAGCUGAUGGAGAUGGCAGACGACAAGCAGAAGAGAGAUGAUCAGCUGGACCAGCUCGGGAUCGCUUUGGAUACACGUCUCACUCAGUGGCAGGAACUUCUUGUGCAAAAAGAUACAGAACUGAUUGAAUUAAGACAAAAAUUAGCGCAGAUCACUGCACAAUUUCCUAAUUCGUACAUGGAAACCACAAGAAACCAACUAGCUAAUGUUACUGAGAGUUUGGAGAAUAGAGAAGAACAAAUUGAAGAGUUGCGGCAACAAAUUUCUAUAGCAAAUGGAAAAAUCUCUGAGAGCCAAGAGGUCAUACGAGUGUUAAAAGCUCAACUUAAAGAAAGGACGGACAAACAGGACGAGUCUCCACGCAGAAAGAAGCUCAAGAGUGACCUGGAGGAGGCUAGAGCCAGACUAGAACUGUUGGAGGCUAGAGUGAAGGAUGCUGAGACUGAUGCUGAUGCUAAGGCAGAGGAGAUGACAGAAAUGGUGAUACAGCUGAGAGAAUACGAAACAGGAGUGUUUGGUUUACCUGAAGCUAUGGAGCAAAUAAAAGAGUUACAGAAACAGAAGAAAGUGAGAGACAAACACAUAGAACAGCUGAUUCAAGCUGGCAAUCAACUGCAAGCAGAUGCCAACCUGCUAGAGGAGGAAAACUUGGCACUGAGAGAUCAGCUUGGUUUGGACGCAGACACUGUUAUCCGAGUGGACGGUGUAUUGGCGAGAUACAAAGCUGAUCAACUCAGACUCAUCCAAGCCACUCAACAACUUGAGGUCUCCAACAACAACCUCCUAACUCUUAAAGUCCAGAAUCGGAAGUAUAAAAAGAUCAUUUCAAAAUUAAAAGCGCAAGUGAAAAAAGUUGGAUUUGAACCUGAAGUGAUUACUGGGAGCUCGGAAGAGGAUUCUGUUCAGCAUCCAACUCCUCAAGUUGUUGUUCAAGGUAUCAGCGAGGAGACUAAAGCCAUGCUGAUAAAAGAGGCUGAAAUCCUAGAAAACAAACUACAGGACGUUAUCGAUGAAAACGAAGCUCUCCGGAAAGGAAUGCAUGAAAUUUUGGACAGCGUUCGUAGUCAUGAUGGCACCAGCGCUGUACACAUAGAGUCUGCAUGUCUAGAGCGUCUGCUAGAAGCACUGGACAGUCGUCACCUCAGUGGCUGGUAUCACCCUGCCAUGAGACUGCAGGCGCAACUCAAUGUGACGGAAGGCAACAACGCAGCUCUCAGAGAACAACUUAGAGCAGCACGGUUCGUAAACUGUGGUUGA